UUUUUCCUCCAUGGAUGACCAACAUUCUCCUCACUCUCACUCCUCCACCACCACCUCCAAUGGCGACGGUGGCCGACAAGGAGGAGGAGAUGCCGUCGGAGUCGGAUCCACCGCCGGUGGUGGUGGUGGUGCUAAAUACAAGCUCAUGUCACCAGCUAAACUCCCUAUUUCAAGGUCCACCUGCAUCACCAUCCCUCCAGGUCUCAGUCCUACCUCCUUCCUCGAAUCGCCUGUCCUCCUGACUAACAUGAAGGCCGAGCCUUCUCCAACUACAGGUUCUUUCUUUAAGUCUUCACUGAUGCAAAGGUCAAUUGGCACUGCUGCAUACUCUUUAGAGGCAAAUUGUUCUGCCAGAAAGGCCUUGGAUGAUAGUAACUCUGGAUUUUUUGAGUUUAGACCGCACUCCCAGUCUACAUCCGCUACACAGAUUUCUUCUGGAGGAUUUCAGGUUUCUGCAUGUUCCAACCUUCAACGAGGUGAACCAAGUGGGCAAUAUCAAAACCAAAGCGAGCCCCGGUCAUAUGGUUCUCCAUCUGCAGCCAGGUGGGAAAUGGCGUCACCAAAGGAACAAAGUCUUACUGCACCUGCAUACAUGCCUUGUGAGGACACAAAUGGAUCGGGGAAGCCUAAAGAUUCUGGACCCGCAAUCCAAGUUGACAGGUCAUCAGAUGAUGGAUAUAAUUGGCGAAAAUAUGGGCAGAAAGUCGUGAAAGGAAGUGAACAUCCGAGAAGCUAUUACAAGUGUACACAUCCCAAUUGUGAAGUGAAAAAGAUUUUUGAACGUUCUUAUACCGGACAAAUAACAGAGAUUGUGUAUAAGGGUACACAUGAUCAUCCCAAACCUCAACCUAGCCGACGAUUUAGUGCUGGUGCUCUUAUGUCGAUACAAGAGGAAAAUUCUGAUAAAGUUCAAUAUCCAACUUAUCAAGCAGGCCUCUCUGCAAAUAAUGGCCAGAAUCCUAACUUCGAGGCCAGUGGAACUCCUGUGCAAUCUCCUAGACAAGCAAAUCAAGACAGUACGGAUGGGUCAGUUCGGCAAUUGAACCGCACCAAUGAUGAGGUUGACGAUGAUGAUGAUCCAUAUUUGAAAAAGAGGCGAACAGAUUUCUCUGCCCUUGAUGUAACUCCGGUGGUUAAGCCUAUCCGUGAGCCACGAGUGGUCGUCCAAACUACCAGCGAGGUUGAUAUAUUGGAUGAUGGAUACCGUUGGCGUAAGUAUGGUCAGAAAGUCGUGCGAGGAAAUCCUAAUCCUAGGAGUUAUUACAAGUGCACAAGUGCCGGAUGCACAGUAAGAAAACACGUAGAGCGGGCAUCCCAUGAUCCUAAAGCAGUCAUAACCGCAUACGAAGGAAAACACAAUCAUGAUGUACCCAUCAUGAAGAACAGUAGCCAUGACGCUACAAUAUGCGGAAUCUCAAGAACUAGAUCAGAGGAAACCGAUGCACUUUGUCUUGAUCUCGUAGUCGGCAAUAGGAUCCCAGAUCAACCACAACCACAAAAUGCCGCCACUCUCCACAGUCAAGUCCACGUUUCAAAUUCAAAUUUCAGAAAAGUCGUUCACUGGAACGACGUAUACGGGACUACUACAGAUAACGAUGUCGAAGGCUGUAAUGUUGACUCCACGACCCUAAACCAUUCUUCUAAUCCGUACCCACAAAACCUUGGAAGAAUACUUUUGGGGCCAUAGAACGACUCUCUGAGAAACAGAAUAAAACAAGGCCUGCAACGUGGUCGAAAGGGUGUAAGAAUUACGAAUUUACCCCUCAAGCUGAUCGGAAAUGGAUAAAAGGUAUCGUUGUGUUGAUAUUAGCCGCAGAUUAGGCAUAUCGAAUGUAGAAUUUGUGAUGAAAAGAAGUGAGAUGUUGUAAUGAGGGUAUAGUUGUUUGAAUGGGUGUUUUUUUAAAGGUUUUGUUAGAGAGUCUCUCUGUGUAUUAUGCAAAAUGAAUGGGAAGGGAAGACAUGUUAGAUAUUGGAAUAAGGAAUGUAUGUAUGUAUGUAUGCUUGUUUUGCAACUGUGACAACAUUAAACCUAUGAUUAACCCAUGGAAAUUGGUUCACGAUGUCUCA